AUGCUUUUAUCAGCUAACUGCUAUGCUAUUUCUCCAAUAAUGGAAGCUGGAAAAUUCCAGGCACUUUGUGCUGACGACAUUUAUCCAUAUUUGUCAUAUUUCCGUAAAGGCCAUGGUCGUAACAAUGAGCCUUAUCGCGCCUACUUCCUUACCUUCGUGCUAGCAGUGGCUUUCAUUUCUAUCGGCGAAUUGAAUAUGAUUUCCAUAAUAAUUACAAAUUUCUUCUUAGCUGCAUUUGCUAUAACGAAUUUUGCUUGUUUUGAUGCGACACAAGCUCGUUCUCCAGAUAUUAAUUGGGGUUCUUCAACUCAAGCAAACAGCUAUAGAAAUGCGCUCUUGGGUUUGCUUAAAUUAAUGCAGAUGGAAGAACAUGUGAAGAAUUAUAGACCACAGCUUCUAGUGCUAACAGGAAAUCCAUCAGCAAGACAAGAUUUAGUCGAUUUUGCUUAUGGUAUUGGUAAAGGACAGAAUCUAAUGAUUUGUGCUCAUGUUGUGCCUUAUCAAACAUCAGUGGCAGCAACUUCUUGCAUAAAAAAAUUGAAUACAACUUUUACUCAGUGGUUUAAUGAACAUAAAAUAAAGGCAUUCUACUGUGCCGUCGCUAACAGAUCGCUUAGCAAAGGUGUUCAAUCGUUAUUGCAAACGGUUGGUUUAGGAAAAAUGCAACCGAAUAUCAUUUUAAUGGGUUUUAAAACAAAAUGGCUUAAAACAUGCCUCGCCGAUAUGGGCGAAAUAAGCGAUUAUCUCGGAGUUAUACGAGAUGCUUUCGAAUCGCAAAUGAGUUUAUGCAUUUUUCGUAAUCGUAACGAGGGCUUCGAUCAUAGCAUGAGCAUGAUGACUUCCGAGGAUAGUUCGUUUCUUAAACUUCCCGAUUUGAUGCUUUCCGAUUCAACUUCAUCAUUAUGUGAAGAAUUUAGUCGUACGCAACCUGAAACCAAACCAAAAAGGCCAACAACUCCUACUGGAAAUUUAACUCAUUUGCGACAGUCACAAUCGGUUGAAAACAUACGACGAUUGGGUGGCCAUCGUUCAACAGGUUUUUCCCAAACCUUUCAUAUGUCACUAAAGGAUCCAACGUUGAAAAGGCAGAAACGAAUGACAACGAAGUUUACAAAACGGAUGAAGAACGGCAUAAUCGAUGUAUGGUGGCUAUAUGACGAUGGUGGAUUAACCUUACUGAUACCGUACCUUUUAACAAAUCAAGCGAGUUAUCUGGAGGGUGCUAACCUCAGAAUUUUCACAAUUACGCAUGAUAAAUUGGACUGCGAUCGCGAACAUGAAAAUCUUGUGAGGCUUAUGAAGAAAUUUCGAAUUGAAUGCAGUGAAGUGACCGUACUUUGUGACGAUAUUGAAAAACAACUUUACCAAGAAACAGAAGAUGAAUACAAUGAAAUGAUAUCGUUGUUAAAAUCCAAGAAAGGAAUCAUAAGUGAUGAAACGAUUCAUAUGCAUGAAAUACGAACUCGAAAAUUGAUGCGAUCAAGAGAGCUAUUACUUGAAUAUUCGUCGCAAGCCUCUCUCAUCGUUAUAACGUUACCGCUGGCUCACGAAGAUUUGGUUGGAAAUCCUUUGUAUUUACUUUGGCUCGAAUUGCUCAGUCGAGAUUUACCUCCUACACUAUUCGUUCGUGGAAAUCAAACCUCCGUUCUUACAUUUUAUUCGUGA